AUGGCGCAAUACUUCUUCGACCUCCUGUACAACUUCACAGAUUGCAUGUGUUGUUUCCCCAGCUCCCCACAGCUGAAGAUCAACAAUCGCAACUUCAAGCUCUUGCGCCUACUUGGCGAGGGCGGAUUCUCUUAUGUCUACCUCGUACAAGAUAAGGCCAGCUCCGAGCUAUUUGCGCUCAAGAAAAUCAGAUGCCCCUUCGGACAAGAAUCCGUAUCGCAAGCACUGAAAGAAGUCGAAGCCUACAAUCUAUUCAACUCGCAAAAGAACAUCAUCCACUCAAUCGACCACUGCGUCUCCACAGAAUCCGGCUCCAAAUUCCGAUCCGAUGGCGGCGAGCCAGGCUCUAAGACCGUCUACAUUCUCCUCCCAUACUACCAGCGUGGUAACCUACAAGAUGCCAUCAACGCCAAUCUCGUCAACCACACUAAAUUCCCAGAGAAGCGGUUGAUGGUUUUGAUGCUCGGUGUCGCGGAUGCGCUCCGCGCGAUGCACCACUACCGUGUCAAGAGUGGUGCGGCGUCUACGCGGAAGGCGAAGGCCGUCAGGAGGGAAGGGGAGGAGGCGGAUGGGGAACGGACGAUGCAGAUGAAACCCAAGAGACGGGCUAGUCAUCGCGGAAACGAGGAGGAGGAUGAAGAAAAUGAGCCUCUUAUGGACAACGAGGUCACUCAGAGCCAGGAGGGUGUUGAGGAUGGAGAUCUGCGUCCUUAUGCGCAUCGAGAUGUCAAACCUGGCAACAUCAUGAUCGCGGAUAAUGGACAAACACCGAUUUUGAUGGAUUUGGGCUCUUUGGCGCCCAGUCCAAUCGCUAUUACCUCUCGAUCACUCGCGUUGGCGGUCCAAGAUACCGCCGCCGAACACAGCACAAUGCCGUACCGCGCACCGGAGCUUUUCGAUGUGAAGACUGGUUCCAUCAUCGAUACUAAGGUUGAUGUUUGGUCGCUUGGUUGCACGCUGUAUGCCUGCUUGGUUGGCAAGAGUCCCUUCGAGGCUCGCAGCGAAGAAACGGGUGGUAGCUUGAGCAUGUGUGUUCUUGGUGGCGAUUGGCGGUUCCCCGAUGAGAAGUCCGGUGCUUCCAAGGGUAAAGCCAAGUCUGGUGAAAGUGGGGAUGCAUCAAAGGCCGACGAGCCGGCGAUCAGUGAACCUGUCAAGGAUGUCGUUCGCAAGUGCCUCACGGUUGAGCCCUCGGAGCGACCUGAUAUCGAGGAGCUGAUCGAGCUCAUGAAGGGUGUUAUUGAGCAGAUGCCUGAAGAUGACGUUUCAGGACCAUCUCAUUAG